ACAAGAUCAGCUGGGAGCCAACGGAGGGCGUUCCUGUCCAGGCUGCAGCCGCAGGAGGGAGCCCGGUGGAAGCGCCCUCCCGAGGCCCCACUGUCCACGCUGACCACCCAGCCUUCCCGCCGCGGAUGUCAUGAGUAACACCACAGUGCCCAAUGCCCCCCAGGCCAACAGGGACUCCAUGGUAACGUAUGUGCAGAAGAAAAAGCGAGUGGACCAGCUUCACCAUCACCUGCUCCCCAUUUACAGCUACAACCCCGCGAAGGAACUGCAUGAGGCCGAGAAGAAGCUGCUCUUGGAUGUGGGGGACCCCAAGGUGGUACACAGCUGGCAGAGUGGCGACCAGCACAAGCUGAUGCCCCUGCUGGACGUCAAGACCUGACCUCACCCCCGCCCCCUCACCCCAGAACCAUGACAUCACCAAAAUCAGCACAUAAAAACACUAAACCUAAAGGAAGUUUCGGUAAAAAUCAACCACAAUAAAAAAAAAAAAAUCAACCACAAUCAAAUUAACACAUUUGAUUUAUUAAAAGUCCCUCUAAAAGAAACUGAAAA